GCCGCCAGUCCGCGCCGAGCGGCCGAGCGAGCGCCAUGUCUGUGUGUGCGCCGCGCGCUUGCUGCCGGCCGCGCGCCCCACCGACGCUGCUCGACAUCACAGCCAAAAUAGUAGCUGCUACUAUACCGUUUCAACGCAUUGAGGAGCGCUAUGAACGCAUACCGGAGCCGGUGCAGCGGCGAGUCGUGUACUGGUCCUUCCCUCGGGAUGAGCGGGACAUUUGCAUGUACUCCUCCCUGGCGCGGGCGCCACCCGACGACCACCGCAACAUCGCCUUCUGCCGCGGCCUCAAGCUGCUGGAGGCCGGCUGUGUGGAGAACGUGCUACAAGUCGGGUUUCACCUCAGCGGCGUGGUGCGAGCGCCGGCCACCGUCCCACCAUGCUCGGAGCCGGAGAGGUUAUACAGGGUCACAGUGUCUUUCGACAGAUGCAAGAUAACAGGAGUGACGUGCAGCUGCGAGGCGCGGGACAUCUUCUGGUGUCAGCACGUGGUCGCUCUAGCUCUGUACCGCAUCAGGAACGCAGACUGCGUCAGACUGAGGGUGCCUAUAUCAGAAACUCUGCUCCAAAUGGACAGACAGCAACUACAGAAGUUCGUCCAGUAUCUGAUAGCGGAGCACCACACGGAGGUGUUGCCAACAGCGCAGCGGCUGGCAGACGAGGUUUUACAGGCGCGGUCCGCGAUCAACAGAAUUUGCGGUGCGCCAGACCCGACCGCUGGUCCGCCGCCCGACGCACACCACGCCUGGCACUUGGACGAGCAGCAGGUCUGCGAGCAAGUCCGGGCGUACUUAUUACAGGGGACGUAUUACAACGCGAAUAAGCAACUUAAUUCAUUAUUUUCAAAGGUUAGAGAAAUGCUCCGAGCCCAAGACUCCAACGGUCCAAGAAUGCUGAUGCUCAUGACCGAGCAGUUCCUCUCGGACCCUCGGUUGCUACUCUGGCGGAACCAGAACACCCCCAUGACUGAGAAAUGCAGGCAACUGUGGGAGCAGCUCGGGGCGUUGUGGGUCAGCAUAGUGUUGGAUCCUGGGAGCAAUAAACACCACAGGAUGCAGUGGAAGAUACUUUUGGAGAAGUGGUCCGCGGUUGAAGUUUGUCCUACUGAAGACCCGGAUUAUAGGUCGUUUCCUUUGUACGCGAGGGAACGAGAAAGAAGCGAGAGGGACCGGGACAGAGAUCACAGGGACCGCGACCGAGAGAGAAAUCGAGACAGAGAAGAAAGAGACAGGGAGAGACUGCGGGAAAGAGAGGAGAGAGAUAGAGACAGGCACAGAGACAGGGAACGCCAGAGGAGGGAAGUGCACUCCCACUCCGAGAGUUCGGACGAGGAGUCCCGCCCGAACAGCUAUGAGAGGGAGUACCGGAGAGCCAGCAAGAGGUUGCGGUUGCACAACCAGAGGGCCGCGCCCACCACCACGCCUAGAACUGUGUUCCAUAAGGCCCUUGAUGCGGUGGACAUCUCGUGGGAGAACGAACACCUGAAGAACAUCCUGAGCAGCGACGAGUUCAUUGACCCGGAGAAGCCGUCCGAGAAGGCCGGGGGCUCCGCUGACACGGCGCCGCAGCCCUACCCCAAGUUCAAUGACCUUGGACAACCUUUGUGGCAUGAACAUUUGCCAGUGGUAGGAGCGAGGAUAGAAGCGUUGCGGGCACACGGGCGUGCGCCGGCGGCGUUGAGGCUUGCUGUCAGUGCUGCCAGGGCUAUGCGGCAUCGGCAGGUAUAUAUUCAACUAGCAGCUCGUCCCGGCUUCGCUAGGGAGGUGGCCCAGCACCGAUGGCACGAAGCGGGCGACGGGGAGGCGUCGUCGAGCGGCGCGUGUCCGGGCGGCGACAGCUGCGGCGGCGGCUGCGGCGAGCGCGCCAAGCUGUCGCUCGUGUGCGCGCACAUGGACACCGGCACUUGUCUCUCCGGUGGUCACACGUGUGCGCUCAGCCAUACUCAUCGGUGUAUAGGACGGGACAGCAGAUGUUGGACGGGCUGGACGCUGGAGGCUAUCUGGUGCGUGUACGAGUGCCUCGCGGACGCCUGCCUCGCGCCCGACGACCAGCGCGCCUCGCCUCGCCUCCACACCGCCUACCUCGACGAGGAGCCCAACACUGGCCUUCCACCGAGGUACCAACACGUCCCGGUGGCCGGCAGUAAGAACCCAGAAGAGACGUACCUAGCGCUGGCUCUGGAGGCGGCGCUGCUGGGUCUAGGCGUUCAGCGGAUGCUGCCCAGUGGCUUGUACGCGCAGGAGCGGUACUGCAAACAGGAGGAACGGCUGAUCGCGCAGCUACAGCGCGUGGAGGGCGAGGCAGCAGGCGGCGUGAGCGCGCGCGUGGCGCGGGCGCUGCUGGCGGGCGGGCCAGCCUCGUGUCUGGGCGCGCGCGUGCAUCCGCGUGCUGCGCCCGCGCACACCUUCGCCAGGUUCCUGUUCCUCGCGCUGCUGCCCACCGACCCGGAUCUAGCGUAUCGUGUCGGAUUAAGGGCUAUGAGGUUACCGAUGGUAGAGGAGGCGUACGCGCUGGACGGCGCCGGCAGCGCGGCGGGCGCGGUGGGCGGCGCCGGCGCCGGCGCCUGGCACACGCUGCAGCACGCCGAGCAGCAGCAGGCGGCGCUGGCCAGCGCUUUGUUGGGAGCGGCGCGCGGCAACCCCGGUCGGCUGCGCGCGGCGCUGGCGGCGGCGCAGCGGCACGUGCGCUCGGCCGCGCAGCUGUUCCGCCUGGCGCAGGACGCGCUGCGCCACGCCGCGCCGCCCGACGCGCCGCACCACCACCGCGACUUGCUUGCGGCCGCCUUUGAGUUGGGGCUACAGGUAUUACGGAUGACGCUGUCUUCGUCCAACUGGCGGAGACGCGAGAUGGUCCGCUGGCUGGUCACGUGCGCGACUGAACUGGGCCUGGACGCGCUGCUCUCUAUUAUGCAGAACUGGUACGAAUUAUUCACGCCGACGGAAGCCACGGGUCCCGUAGCGGCGGCUGCGAUGUCGCACGCCACUGCGUUACGAUUGGGCCUGACCUUCGAACAGCAGGAGAAACUGAGCGCCUGCGCAAGAACGCUCGCUUUGCAGUGUGCUGCUAAGGACCCGCCGGGCUGCGCGCUGAGCGCGCUGUCGGUGUGCGAGGGCUCGGCGGGCGCGUUCGAGGCGGCGUGCGCGGCGGUGGGCGGCGCGGCCGCGCGCGGCGCGCUCGCCUCCAGCACGCUGUUCGCUGUGGCGCGCUACAUGGAGCAGCGGGGGCAGCCGGCGCGCGCGAUGAGGCUGGCCACGCUCGCGAUGAGGAAUCUGCAUUUACAUUAUAAUCAGGACACUCAUCCGGCGAUAGGCGACAUCCACUGGGCCGUUGCGCUGGCGCACUCGCUCGGCCGAGCGGAGCUACAAGCGAUGUUGCCGCUGCUCGUCAAGAAUGUUCAGUGCGCGCCGGUGCUGUCGGAUGUCCUCCGCCGUUGUUGUGUGGCUGCCGCUGGGUGUUCACGCGCGCGGCCGGCCCCUCCCCGGCCCCCAACGCCGCUGCGGCCGUUACUGGAAGCCGCGCUGCGAGCCUACGCCUCCACCACGCAUGCACGACUUGCGCAUAUAUCACCGAGGCAUUACGCGGACUUUGUUGAUUUUCUUGGCAAGGCCCGCGACACCUUUGCAUUGGCUCAUGACGGGCCUCACCAGUUUGCUGCCUUAUUGCAGGAAAUCAAACUCAAGUACAAGGGCAAGAAAAAACUAAUGUUCCUCGUCAAAGAAAGAUUUGGCUGAACACUACGUGUUGUUAAUGCGGAAUUUCCCAAUAAAAAAUAGCAUGUCCCGCAGUUUAAAAUACGAAUAGCAGGAGUUCUAACAAACACAGGGCUAUCAUUUUUUUUUUAAUUGUAAAUUACUCUUGAUUAUUAUAGAAAGAAUUCAGUUUCUUAGUUUAAAAAAAGAACAUUUAAAAUUUCUAUAAUAAUAUGGAUAUCAUUGUUUUGUUUUUUUUUUCAUUGUUUUUUGUUGACAGCGUGCAAUAAGAAACUGUACAUAUGUACGUUUAAUGUUUUUAAUUUAAAGUCGUUGAUGUGGCAUCACUUUCAAAAACCGAGGACAUGUAACUUUUUUAUAAAAUUACCAUUACGGUAAACGUUAUUACCUCAUGUAUGGUACACACUGUGUACCCGUCGUGUACCAAACCAGUCUACUCUAAAGUAUUAUUUUUAUUUAAUAACUACUAUAAUAGCUGACCUCGUAAUGUCAUUUUAUAUUGUAAGUAAUAAUGUAAUGAUCUCAAUGAUUCCAUUUGUGUAAAUAGUUAUAGGUUUAUGUAAAUAUAGCUAAAUGUAAGUUAGUACUGAGAUAUAGAUGUCAUAGGUAGACAAACUGCGUUUUGUGUCCACAGUUGUAUUUUAUAAUAUACAUAAUGUGUAAUAAUGUAAAGUGAGACCGUAUCAGGUGCAGUACUUUACACUGUGAACACAAAACGCAAUAAAGUAGGGGAAUAGUUGCGCCAUUCUUAUAGCGUCCAAUAGCAAUGGAUAUCAUUAAAAUGAAACGACACAACACCAAAGAAAUAAUAUUGUAAGUCGCAGUGUGAGAUAAGCAAUGCCAGUCAUUGUUUCAGUAUUCUUGAGUAUUCGAUAUUGUUUAGUUGAUUUUUUUUAACACUGUUUUUAGUUGAUUGUUUAACUGUUCCAUUGAUUUGAUUGAUAAAUGUUUGUUAACCCUUUUUUUAAUCAAUCCAUCCACAUUAUAAUUUUAAUUUCACUAUAAAUAAAAAUGCCAUUUAAUUUUUCAGAUAGAUGUAAAAUUUUAACAAGAAGUGCAUUUAUAAAGAUAGAAAAUGUUUAAUAUUUAAUAUAGAGGGUGAAGUUUGGAUAGUGUUCAAAGGUUAGGGAUGAAGGAAUGAAUUAAGGAGUUAAUCUAUAAGCUUAAAUGAAGGAUUUUUGUACUUUUUGUGGUGUGUAAGAGGGUUGUGCAAACGCAAAUUAUUUUCUUCUACGUACAUAAUAGAUCAAAACCACGGAUGAAAUCAAUACUUAGUUAAACAAUUUCACUUUUAUUUCAUAUUAAUUUAAUCGGCUAAAACAUAGUUGCUAUCAACCACAAUAAUUUUCAAACCUUUCGCCAACCCUGUAAUGUGUCAAAUCAGAAUAAUAUUACUAUGGAAACGCAAAAUUUAUAACUCGAAGUAAGUUAUGCUAAGUUUGUAAAAUGUAAAUAUGAGAGGGGAUUGUUUAAUAAAAGCUCUGAAAAUACCUUAUUUUACAUUGAAAAUUUAUAUUGACACAAAAUUAAGUGAGAUACUUAACACUAUCUUGAACAAUAGUACUUACACAUUUAAUAAAAUAUGAUAAAUUCACAAGUUUAUGCAACAAAUCGAUGAGAAAUGGUGCAUAAAACUUAAAUGUGUGCUUGCCUUUAACAGUAUACUAUGUAACAAUGCUAUCUACGUACGUAUAGGUAAAGGCUAAUGAUCAGGUAAAAUUGUUUUACUGACAAAAAUAUUUUUUUCGUUAGUAAACAAAUUUUUCCGCACAUAGUCUAGAGCGUAAUUAUCUAUGUACAAUUAUUUUUAAAUGUGUUUAACUAAAGCAAAUAAAUCUAAGAAGCAAUAAUGUUAGCCUUUAGCCGGUCUGUUUGUAAUUCUGAGUGUUGCAAUAUUCAAAUAUUUUAAAAGAAUAAUUAUUAUUUUAUAAAAAAUGAAGGCAUAGUUAUGAAGAUAAUGAGUAUAUAAUCAAAUCAAUAAAA